UGUUUAAAAAAAAACUAAGGAUAAAGUGACGGACCUUGGUGUCGGAAAAAAUGGUACUGUGUAUUCCUCUUCCUUCAUGCCGGUUCAGACACAGACCGGUUCGUUCUUCUCUCGAACGCCAAGAACACUUUGGUCGUAUUGCUCCUGUCUACGAUAAUUUGAAUGACUUGCUGAGUUUGGGUCAGCAUCGUCUAUGGAAAAGAAUGACUGUUUCAUGGACUGGGUGGGUUGAAGGCGAUGCACUUGAGUUACCAUUUUCUGAUGGUUACUUUGAUGCCGUUACAAUGGGUUAUGGGCUACGAAAUGUGGUUGAUAAAGAAAGAGCCAUGCAGGAGAUGUUUAAAGUUCUGAAACCAGGCUCAAGAGUAUCUGUUCUUGAUUUCAAUAAAAGCACACAGCCAUUUACUAAUUUAAUUCAGCUAUGGAUGAUUGACAAUGUAGUUGUCCCAGUGGCAACUGGUUAUGGGCUUGCAAAGGAGUAUGAAUAUUUGAAAAGCUCAAUCAAGGAAUUCUUAACAGGGAAAGAGUUAGAGAGGCUUGCUUUACAAGUUGGAUUUUCUAAUGCUAGACAUUAGAUUAGUGGAGGCCUCAUGGGGAACUUGGUAGCCACACGCUAAAUGCAAUCCAUGCUU